AUGUCCACAGUUGAAGGUGCAACCGAUUGGACGAGAUACCAGGCAACCGACGUCAUUAUCCUUCCCCACGUAAUGCAACGAGCCCUUGACGAAUUACCAGCGAAUCAGAGUUCCGUUGGCGGUUAUGGCUGGCCCAGCACACCGGUGCUGUUUCAACACCCUAUCCUGCCUUUCACCAAGUAA